AUGUACACACAACCUCAUUUCCACAGCAGUGCCCACGAGGUCCUGUGCAUAUUUUCCGGAAGUGCAAGAUUAUGUUUCAGUACCCCAACCCACGACCCCUCUUCCAAAAUCCAAACCACAGUAAAAUCCGGCGACGCCAUAAUAAUCCCCGCCGGUAUAUCCCACCACCUCCUCGAAGACCUCACCGGGGAUUUCCAGAUGAUCGGCUCUUAUCCCAAAGGGAAAACAUGGGAUAUGUGUUACGGGGAUGGAAGUUCUGAAGAAGAGGAGAAGAUUCGGAGGAUUUCUGAUUUGGAGUGGUUUGAUCAAGAUCCUUUGUAUGGAGAUCAGGGACCUGUUUUAGAGGAAAAUUGA